AUGAUCGGGCCACCAGUAAACCUACCAAAGUGGCUCGAGGAGAACUCGCACCUCCUCAAGCCGCCCAUCAACAACUACUGCGUCUACAACGGCGACUUCACCGUCAUGAUCGUGGGCGGCCCCAACGCCCGCACCGACUACCACAUCAACACCACCCCCGAAUGGUUCUACCAGCACCGGGGCGCCAUGACGCUCAAGAUCGUCGACCCCACCGAAGGCAACAACACCUUCCGCGACAUCGUCAUCCGCGAGGGCGACAUGUUCCUGCUGCCCGCCAACACGCCGCACAACCCGGUGCGCUUCGCCGACACCGUGGGCAUCGUGCUCGAGCAGAAGCGCCCCGCGGGCUCCCUGGAUCGCAUGCGUUGGUAUUGCCAGAGGGAGGGGUGUGGUGCGGUGGUCAAGGAGGCGGCGUUUCAUUGUACGGAUCUGGGCACGCAGAUCAAGGAGGCCGUGGAGGCGUUUAAGGCGGAUGAGGAGGGGAGGAGGUGUAAGCAGUGUGGGGAGGUGGCCGAGUGGUGUCCGAAGCCGGGGUCGAUUAGGGAUCCGAAUUUGGAGUGA